AUGAAUCCUCAACAAGGGAGAUACAACAAUUAUCAAGCCCCCUGGCCGCACCAACAACAAAGUGUUCCACAAGGUUUCAACACAAGGACUACUCAUACCCAACCAACUCAUGAUUGGGAUAUGAAGGAAAUGCUCCAACAACUUUUACAAGGGCAAGCCAAAGGUUCUCUGGAAAUGAACAACAAGCUGGUUGAGAUACACUCUAAACUAGAGUCAUUGACUUCAAGAGUCCAAAUCAUUGAGUCUUCAAGUGCAUCAUCCUCUUCACCACAAGAGGGAGGAUUUAGUCGACAUGCUGAUAACUCGACCCCGAACUCGAUCGAGCUGGAACAAAACCCUGAACCAGAACUCGAUCGAGCUGGAGAAACUGAGACACUGCAAGACAAACCAGAGCUCGAUCGAGCUCAGAAGAAAACAGACAAAGCAAACUCCAGCCAACCAGCUAAACCUGUUGCAAAGAAGAAAGACACUCCAGCAGGACCACCACCAUACAAGCCCCCUCUGCCCUUUCCAGGAAGGUUCAAGAAACAACUGUUGGAAGCACACAAGGCCAAGUUUGAUGAACUAAUGAGACAGCUUGAGUUGAAGUUGCCCUUCAUCGACGCCUUGAUGCUCAUUCCACCUUAUCAGAAAUUUCUGAAGGAUGCUGUUCAGCAAAGAACCAGGGAAGCACAAGGGAUGGUAGUGUUGACUCGCGAGUGCAGUGCAAUCAUUCAGCGGAAGGUCAUCUCCGACAAAAAGGAAGAUCCGGGGAGUUUCACUUUGCCCUGCAUGUUGGGACCCCUAUCUUUCAAAAACAGUCUCUGCGAUCUAGGAUCAUCUGUCAGCCUCAUGCCUUUGUCUGUAGCAAAGAGACUGGGAUAUCACAAGUACCAAGCCUGCGGAAUCUCACUAGUCUUGGCAGAUAGAUCGAUAAGGUUACCAACUGGGAUGCUUGAAGACCUGCCUUUGAGGAUAGGGAAUGUGGAAAUCCCCACAGACUUCAUUGUGCUUGAGAUGGAUGAGGAACCAACAGAUCCAUUGAUUCUAGGAAGGCCAUUCCUAGCUACAGCAAGAGCAAUGAUAGAUGUCUGUGAAGGAACAAUUGAGUUAAACUUGGGAAAGGACCUAAGAUGA